AUGGAUAAUGAUGUCGACGGACUUCCUGAAUUUGAUGGGCCAACAGAUGGUGACACCUCUGUUUUCAUGCAUGGUGUUCAUCUUAUUGGCAGGGAUCGGGAUAAUGAUCUAGGCAACGAUUGGCGAGUUAUGCAAAAAUUUGAGCACAGGGGCUUUUAUGAUGUGCCUAAGAAGGAUGGGGACGUAAACCAAGACUAUUACUAUUUCGAUACGGAGCGUGCAGUGCAUGAGGGCUAUGAAUAUGCUGCUGAUGAUGUGCACCAGCAUGAGGAUGCAGACGUCAUUGAAGCUAAUUUAGCAGACCUUGUAAUGGGAGUUUCAGCAGAUGAUGAGGAAGAUGAGGAGGAAUAUGAGGAUGAUGGAGAUGACACUAUCUUGGAUUAUUGUACUGACAGUAACGCUAAUGGGAAUGGUGAUGAUGACAAUGACGAGGACGACGAUCUCUAG